GAAGUUGCGAAAGACAAGAAAGCAGCAUAUUCUCUCUUUCUUUCUUUCUUUCUUUUCAUUUCGUGCCGUCUUCUCAUCUUCUUUUCUUACUCGCCAACAACCAAUCCAAAUCCUAGAAAUUUAAAAUUAAAUAAUAAAUAAAUAAAUAAAUAAAAAAGCUUGGUGGAAAGUGGAAAGCAGAUGGAGUUUGGAGUAUUGGUAAAGUACGACCACCUUUCUUUGUUUUGUUUGUCUAAAUCCAAAUCGGAUUCAUUUACGUAUUUACUAGAUAGAAGAUGAAGAAUGAAAUUCCAGUGUCCAUACAGUGAGCGAGAGAGAGAGGAAACAACACAACUCAGCAAGCAGCUGGUGAAGUAGAAGUAGAAGAAGAAUGGCGGAUCCAGAACCACUUCUUCUGGUGAAUAGUAAUUCGGAGGUGGAGGAGGAGGCAGCAGCAGUACCACCACCACCAAUUCAAUUUAACCGAUCCCACCGAGUAGCAUCCGUUGAUGUCUUCCGUGGCCUCUCUGUUUUUCUUAUGAUAUUGGUUGAUUAUGGUGGCUCCAUCUUCCCAAUCAUUUCUCAUUCCCCCUGGAAUGGCCUUCACCUUGCUGAUUUCGUCAUGCCUUUCUUUCUCUUUCUUGUUGGAAUUUCACUCUCACUUCUUUAUAAGAGAAGGCCACAUAGAAGAACACAAGCUACAUCCAAAGCCUUUGUUAGAGCACUGCAACUCUUUAUUCUUGGCAUUCUUCUUCAAGGCGGUUAUUUUCAUGGGAUAACUUCCUUCACUUAUGGUGUUGACAUCCAAACCAUUCGAUGCUUUGGCAUUUUACAGAGGAUUUCUAUUGGAUACAUUCUUGCUGCUUUAUGUGAGAUCUGGCUUCCAACUUAUUUCACAUCCAAACAUACCGCUUUCUUCUUCACAACUUAUUACUCCCAUUGGUUUGUAGCAGCAAUAUUGUUGGCCAUUUACUCAGGAUUGCUGUAUGGUCUAUAUGUUCCAGAUUGGCAGUUCAAUGUAUCAUCCUCUACUUCUUCUCUGCCUCCAAUUGCUGCCGACCAUCUUUACAUGGUGAAUUGUUCAGUGAGAGGUGAUCUUGGACCUGCCUGUAAUUCUGCUGGAAUGAUUGAUCGCUAUAUUCUUGGUUUUGAUCAUCUAUAUCAAAAGCCUGUUUUCAGAAAUCUUAAGGAGUGCAAUAUGUCUAGCACUGGUCAAGUUUCAGAUACUUCACCGUCAUGGUGUCACGCUCCUUUUGAACCAGAAGGCAUUUUAAGCUCCAUAACAGCUGCAGUUUCAUGUAUAAUUGGACUCCAAUACGGUCAUGUUCUUGCCCAUUUAGAGGACCACAAAGGGCGCCUAAAUCACUGGCUUGGUUUUUCAGUUUCAUUUUUGACCCUCGGAGGGUUCCUGGCCUUAAUAGGAAUUCCUCUAAAUAAAUCUCUGUACACAAUUAGUUAUAUGCUGCUUAGUUCUGCAGCUUCUGGUCUAACAUUUAUGGCUUUAUAUGUUCUGGUAGAUGUUUACGGCCACAGGCGUUUAACAAGUGUGUUGGAGUGGAUGGGGAAGCACUCUUUGAGUAUAUUUGUCCUUGUGUCUUCAAACUUGGCUGUGAUUGCUAUUCAAGGCUUUUAUUGGACCAAACCCGAAAACAACAUUGAAGUGAGCGAAGAAGGUCAUCAACCUCAUCAUGGGGGGAAAGACUAUGUUGACCCACCACCAGCACCCCUUCUCGACUUCGCUGAAAUCAAGCUCUGGUCUUUCUACAGAGCACUCAUUGCCGAGUUCAUAGCAACACUCCUCUUCCUCUACGUCACUGUCGCAACCGUCAUUGGUCACCAAAAACAAACUGGACCAUGCGACGGUGUUGGCCUUCUAGGCAUAGCAUGGUCCUUCGGUGGUAUGAUCUUUGUCCUUGUCUACUGCACCGCCGGUAUCUCCGGUGGCCACAUCAACCCUGCAGUCACAUUCGGCCUUUUCUUGGCUCGUAAAGUGUCUCUCAUAAGAGCUGUUUUAUACAUGGUAGCACAGUGUUUGGGUGCUAUUUCUGGUGUUGGGUUGGUCAAAGCUUUCAUGAAACACCCUUACAACCACCUUGGCGGCGGUGCUAACUCCGUUGCUUCUGGUUACUCCAAGGGCUCUGCUCUCGGUGCUGAAAUAAUCGGUACUUUUGUGCUUGUUUACACCGUUUUCUCUGCUACUGACCCAAAGAGAAGCGCACGUGACUCACAUGUCCCUGUUUUGGCUCCUUUGCCAAUUGGUUUUGCUGUUUUCAUGGUUCAUCUCGCAACUAUACCAAUUACCGGUACCGGAAUCAAUCCUGCAAGGAGCUUUGGUGCUGCUGUUAUCUUCAACAAUGCCAAAGUUUGGGAUGACCAUUGGAUCUUCUGGGUUGGACCGUUCGUGGGAGCAGCUGCGGCAGCUGCAUACCAUCAGUAUAUUCUCAGAGCGGCGGCUAUCAAGGCGUUGGGGUCCUUCAGAAGCAAUCCCACCAACUAGUAUAUAUACUAGAAAUCAUGCAUGCAUAUUGAUAUUCAACUCACUCAUGUCAUGUGUUUGUUUGCAUAUUAAUCAUAAUUUUAUGUGUAUCGAUCGGUAUCACUAUGUUGAACUCUUAAUUAAUUUCUUUUGUAAGUUAGUUACUACUAUUUUUAUUUAUUUAUUAUUUCGGUUGUUUUGUUUGUUUGAGAUGAGGUGUGCAUGUGCGUGCUAUAUUAGCUCAUGACCACAUUUCAUCUAUUUAUAUUUCAAAUUAAUUUUAUUUUAGUAUUA